CAUUACGGGGCAGAUCGUUUCUUUAAUGGUGUACGUUACUUUUCAAACCAGCAAACGUUAGUCAGUGUGGCUAGCUGCUAGCUUGAUGAUAGGAAACAGCUUCCUAGUUACUUCCUGUUGUUUUUAAAAGGAUCGGUUUUAAACGGCUGCUCUAUGAAACUGUGUCAGAAAAUGCUAGUCAGUCUGUCAUCGCAUGCUUCAGCAGUCAAGUUCUUACAAUUUACUUCUAAGUUUCUAUGCUACAGUCUACUACAUAGGGAUUUCUAAUGUUCAAUAUGGGGCUUUAAUUAACCUCAGCAACAUUCAUUUACCUAGUUCUAAUUUGAAAUGAAGCCAAGAGCUGUUCCAAGGUCUUCCAGGUCUAAGUCACAAGAUUCUAAGAUCGAUGACAACGGUCCAAAAAAAAGACUAAAGAAAAACAUCAGAAACGAACACCUUCCUCUAUCAAACCUUUAACUGGAAAGGUUUUCUACUUGGAUUUGCCCUCUAACAAACGAAGCGCAAGACUUGAAAAUGACAUCCAAACGCUUGGAGGAACGGUUGAGAAGUUCUUCAGUAAAGACAUUAGAUAUCUGGUCAGCAGCAAGCCUGAGGCUCGCUAUGUGCACCGGCUGGUGCGGGAGUCUCCGGUCCCCAGCCCGGAGUCGGUGCUCAGCUCCCCUCGGCCCAGCAGCAGCAAGGAGGGUCACCGGAGCGGCUCCCAGGGACCCACGGACGCAGUGCAAGUCAGCCGAGGGAAGAAGCUGGUGGAGAAGGUGAUGAAGGAGCAGGAGCGUAUUAAGAUCAACAAGAUGUUGUCGAAUGCACUGGAAUGGGGAGUGAAAAUCGUUCACAUAGAAGACAUGAUUGCGUAUAUUGAAAAGAAGAAACCUGCUAUUUCUACAGAGCAGAAGACAAACCCUACAGCUGUCAAAAAAACAGCCAAGCAAGCAUGUUAUGGACGGACUUCUCAGAAACACAAUGCUAGCAGAAUCAGUAAGCCUUUUGUGAAAGUGGAGGACUCAAGUAGGCGGUACAGACCCCUCUACCUGCACAUGGCCCAGAUGCCUGUGUGUAACUUCAACUCGGCUCCCCCUGCCAGCCCUUUCCAAAUAGAGGACAAGAGACACUCCACACAUGGGCCAGAGGGGAAAGCGCACGCCGGCAAAAGCAAACAUCGAGCGCGCGAGCGGAAAGAGAAGAAAAAGGGAGGAUACUGUGAAUGCUGCGGCGUCACAUACGACACACUCCAAGCGCAUCUGAAAGGAGAGCAGCACCGGGCGUUUGUGGCUGGAGGUCACUACCAGAAGCUGGAUGCCCUCAUAGCACAGUUACCUUGGGUAUUUGCACGAGAGCCACCAGCACAGAGGGUGAAGUGUAGUGUGCCCAUCUCACCCAUUUGUGUGUCGGUCGUCAGUCGAGACCGAACAGAGGAAGCUGGAAGAUGCGACAAAGGAGGACGUGGAGGACGAGCGCAGCGGAGUCCAAGCCUGGGCACAUCAUGCUCGUCACAGCGGAGUCCGAGCUUGGGCGCAUCAUGCUCGUCACAGCGAAAGCGAAUCAGGGAAUCCCUCUCUGGAAAGAACAGAGACUCAUCAGAGGAACGUCCUUAUGUUCUGGAAUCUUCCAGGAGCAAACGGGGCUCCUUCAUGUGGGAGUCCUGCCCCACGCUGUUGAGGGCUCUCGGCGGCGACUCCAUUUUACACUCGGACAAAGUUAAUGAUGCAGUUGCCACAGAAACGACGCCUGGACCGCAGAGCAUCAAGGACCGGAAUCGGAGACGCAGAUAUCGCAGAAAGAGACAUAUUCCACUUAGUUCUCACACAGGUGAGGAAAAACACACAGACACUCUUGGGACUGAAGCUGCACAGAGUGAGGAGAUGGUGGCUUUAAGUGGGCUCGAGCAGGACUCUCCAGGUGAGUCCAUGCAGCACAAAACUGCCCAUGUCACUCAGCAGGACUCUAUACAGGGCAAACCUGUAGACAUCACGCAUUUGGACAUUACACAACAGGUGUUCAUACAGGCCAAACUUGUAGGUACUGAAAAGCAGGACUCCUCAUGGGGGGACACUGAAGACCCCACACAGCAGGACUUGACGGAGGAGAAACCUGUAGACACCACACGACAGGAAUCGGUGCAGGGCAAGCCUGUGGACGUUACACUGCAGGACUCGAUACUGGAGAAUUCUGUGAAGGUCACAGAGCGUCAGCCAUGUCGAACUUUCAAAUCUGCUAUCACAAGACGACAGCAGCUGCCAGUCAGUUCAAAAAAGAGGCCUGUGGAUUCUGUAGACCGCGAGCCAGAACAGACUCAAAAUGCCACAGAUUUGCCAAACCCCGCACCAAAUGCACUUCAGGACGCCGCACAGCGUGGGACGACGGAUGCCUUCCGCCCCCUGCGGAGGAGAAUCCGGGCUGAAAGGAGCUGGAGGAGAGGCAGGUCCCUCUCCGUCAGGCCUCUACCCCCUGGGACCCUCGGAACGGAGGAGGCCGAGGGCUCUGCCCAGCAAUGGCAGGACCUGUGGCAACUCUUCCAGGAGAGCGAUGACCUGCAGGAGGACUUUCCAGGUUUUGCUGAAUAAAGAAAGGGGGGGGGGGGGGGUUAUGUAUGAAUUUGAGGACAAUGUGCCGUUGAGUUGGUGGGAGGAAGUGCUCUGUAGAAGACUGUCAGUGCCUCAGCUACUUCAACAGAUUUUAAUGGAAGAGACAUUCUGACCUGUGUAGGUCCAAAAUCUCUCUUAUUUUAAUUUUUUAAACAACAGGCAAAUUCACCGGCCUUAACUAAAGGCGUCUGUGCAUGUGCACAUUUUUAAUUUUCUUUAUACAUACGUGGCUAUGUAUUCCAAAAUGAAUUCCACAUUAAAUGAGGGCAAAUUCUUCUAAAACCUUGUGUUUUGAGGACGUUCAAAAGUGUAUAUUAUUACAACCACUCUGCUCACGCUUGUGAGAAGAUGUGAAGACUGGUGAUGUAGAUAUGAAUAAAAGAAUGUUUAUUCAGAA